UGUUUUUACUCAAAAUGGGUAUUAGCCGUGAUAGUGCUCAUAAGCGCAUAGCCACUGGUGGUAAACGCAAACCAUUGCGUAAGAAGCGCAAAUUCGAGUUAGGUCGUCCAGCAGCCAACACAAAGUUAGGUGCUCCUCGCGUACACAAAGUUCGAACCCGUGGCGGGAAUAUUAAAUUGCGAGCUUUGCGUUUGGGAACUGGUAAUUUUGCCUGGGCUUCAGAAGGCAUCGCCCGCAAGACACGUAUUGCUGACGUCGGCUAUAAUGCAUCCAACAAUGAGCUGGUGCGAACCAAAACUUUGGUAAAGAACACCAUUGUUGUGAUUGAUGCCAUGCCAUUCCGGCAAUGGUAUGAAUCCCAUUAUGUGUUGCCAUUGGGACGUAAACGUUAG